AUGUGUCUAGCCCCACACUGGGCCCUACCCUCCACCUGGAGCUUCCUGUUUAAUCUCCAGGGCCUCGGGGUCCCUCUCCCCGACCCCCACGACACACGGGAGGACUCGCGGGCACUCACCGGCCGGGCUACGGGGCGGAGCGCGGGUCUAUCGGCGGCGGGAGCCUCGUCCGGCAGCGCGCACAGUACCGACCCGCACUCCCUGCCCGGCCGGCCCGGCCCCUCGCGCCGGAAGAACAAGCAGACCUACAGCACUGAGCCCAACAACCUGAAGGCUUGCAACUCGUUCCGCUACAACGGGCUGAUUCACCGCAAGACCGGGGGCGUGGAGCCGGCGGCAGACGGUAAAGGCGUGCUGGUGGUCAUGAAGCGGAGAUCCGGCCAGCGGAAACCCGCCAUCUUCUACGUUCGAACCACCAUUAACAAGAAUGCCUGGGCCACCCUCAGCAGCAUCCGGCACGUGAUCCGCAAGAACAAGUACCGCCCAGAUCUGCGCAUGGCUGCCAUUCGCAGAGCCAGCACCAUCCUGCACAGCCAGAAGCCUGUGAUGGUGAAGAGGAAGCGGGCCCGCCCCACCAAGAGCUCCUGA